UGGAUGCUGAGCUCUUCGGAAGGACCAAAGAAUCCUCUUUCGUUUAGUUAGUGAACGUUCGCGAUACCGUUAGGUUCGAUAAAUCAGCGGUUCGCCAUCUCGGUUCUGUAGGAGUGCUCACAUAUGAAGGUCCUGUAACGGUUGAGUGUUUGAAAGAUACUGUUGGACUGUGCGCUUCAAGUGAAGAGGAUAUUGCACAAUAGCCACUUAUUUGCACUGUUGCGAAGUUGCCUGCAGUGAAUAGUGCGGUCAUUUAAGGUGACACUUACGGUGAGGAUAUAUUAUUUCCCGGAGCUGCUUCCCAAACUCUGUUCCUUACGUAAAUACGAUUUGAAAAUUUCGAACGUGUCCUGAAUUCGGUGUUGUGCGAGUGUGUAAAGUGUGACCCAUUGUGGACUGUCCACGACCUGAAUGUUUACCUUCUAACAUUGCAUCCUAGCGUACACCUUAAAAUUAUGUAACGCCACAGGAACGUAGUAUCCUUGUCGUUGCUGAAAGCGUUGUGUUGGACCACCGCGUCCUGGCGCACAUCCUGUGGCGCCGUUGCCCUAUUUUGCAUUGUGCCGUGUCGUUUUGUGAUUUCUGUUGUGUUGCAAGUGGGGUUUUUCGAGCGUUUUCGACUGUUUGUUUGUCAACCUUUUUGUUUCCUUCGGGUCUUUCGCUGUGCACAGUGAUAAAUUAUAAAAGUGCGCUCUAUUGUCCAUGAAUUGUCAUUUUGCACGUUCCGGUGUAGGGAUCGCGUUAUGUAUGCACAUCUGCACUAUUGUGAUGCUAUGCUCCUCGCGAGGGACUAAGACCGAGCCUUGAAUACGCACAUCGAUUGCAGCAUCAUCAUUACAUAAUUGGAAGCUAUCUUAAGUUCGCCAUCAGCGGGACAUCCAUUAAUAUCCGAUUUACAACGCGAUUUAACUACUCAACAAAUCGCAAUAUUUCUAAAACUCAGAGCUAUUUAAGUUAAGGUGCAACCCAGGUGCUACAACCGUCAACAUAAUGGAAAUAUUUUAUUCGCUCCAAGGCUCCCGCUUCCGAGAAUGAUUGGUACAAAGAAUUCAACGCUAAGGACAUCAUUUCAACUCUUCAUGGUCUUCAGAAGCGCGCGAACGUCGGUCGCCAUCAAGUCCUUACCGUCAUCAUCCCAUAAGCAGCACACCAGCACCCUCCCCCUGAGCCGAAAAAGGAACCUUUCCGUUUUCCGGGAAAUUCAUCAAGCGUAAAUUUUCCGCUUACGACGCCGGACGCCGAACCAUUCCCAUUCUCGUCAUAACGUGCACCGCAUAUAUGCCAAGGACCGUAUCUUGUCGACGACACCGCUGCUGGGGAAAUAUCCAGGAUCAGGAUGAAAAUGUCUCCGACGCCUGGUGAGACGAUACGAGCCUGGCUCCUGUCGGCGCUAGUCGUGCACGGGGCCGUUGCCGGCAACCCGGACGCAAAGCGGCUCUAUGACGAUCUGCUCAGCAACUACAACAAGCUGGUGCGACCAGUAGUUAACACGUCCGACGUGCUCAAAGUUUGCAUCAAACUCAAGUUAUCGCAGCUCAUCGAUGUGAAUUUGAAAAACCAAAUAAUGACAACUAAUCUGUGGGUUGAACAAUCAUGGUAUGACUACAAACUACGAUGGGAACCAAAAGAAUACGGCGGAGUACAAAUGUUACAUGUUCCCUCUGAUCACAUAUGGAGGCCGGACAUUGUGCUAUAUAACAAUGCGGAUGGUAACUUCGAAGUGACACUAGCAACGAAAGCAACUAUUUACUCGGAAGGAUUAGUCGAAUGGAAGCCACCAGCGAUAUAUAAAUCAUCCUGUGAAAUAGAUGUAGAAUAUUUUCCUUUUGACGAACAGACAUGUGUAUUGAAGUUUGGCAGUUGGACAUAUGACGGCUUCAAGGUCGACCUGAGGCAUAUGGACGAGAAACAAGGAAGCAAUAUUGUUGAUGUCGGAGUCGACCUAUCGGAAUUCUAUAUGUCGGUGGAGUGGGAUAUCCUGGAGGUGCCGGCUGUGAGAAAUGAAAAAUUCUACACAUGCUGCGACGAGCCAUACCUGGAUAUUACCUUCAACAUCACAAUGCGAAGGAAAACACUUUUUUACACAGUCAACAUAAUAAUCCCAUGCAUGGGUAUAUCAUUUCUGACAGUUUUAACAUUUUAUUUGCCUUCAGAUAGUGGAGAAAAGGUCACGUUAUCGAUAUCUAUUUUAAUUAGUCUCCACGUGUUCUUCCUACUAGUUGUCGAAAUUAUUCCACCAACAUCACUAGUGGUGCCUUUAUUGGGCAAAUAUUUAAUAUUUGCAAUGAUAUUAGUUUCAAUUAGUAUAUGCGUAACUGUGGUAGUUUUAAAUGUCCACUUUCGUUCGCCGCAAACGCACCGGAUGGCGCCGUGGGUGAAACGCGUUUUUAUAGAUAUGCUGCCAAAAGUACUGUUCAUAAAGAGACCGCAGUAUAAUUUCGAAACAAGCAAGUUACUUAUGAAAGAUAGCCACGCUUGCUUCUAUCCGUACUACUCGACACAGAAUUUAGAUCGAAGUCCGCACUACAGUCGGGCUCCGUCGAAAGAGGAUUUAUCGCCAUCCAGUUUAACUGGAACUGGCCCGUUCGGCGGAAGUUGUCAAAUUCACGGACCAAUACCGCCUAUACCUCAAUCAGCGUCGGACGAUUUGCCAGGUGUAGGUGUGCCAGAUUUCGGUGAUAUUGGACCGUCGGGAAUUAAAAGUCCAAUUAUCGAUAAUCCAGCAUUUUCACAUUCACGAUGCCCACCACGAGUUCAUAAAAGUUGUUUUUGCGUACGCUUCAUUGCUGAGCACACGAAAAUGCAGGAGGACUCGACGAAGGUUAAAGAGGACUGGAAAUAUGUAGCAAUGGUACUAGAUCGUCUUUUCCUUUGGAUAUUUACAUUGGCCGUACUAGCUGGAACAGCAGGAAUUAUUUUACAAGCACCAACCCUUUAUGAUGAUCGGAUACCAAUUGAUAAAAAAUUCUCGGAAUUCGCAACCACAACAGUGGUAAGAUGUCCGCCCCAAUAGCAUUUUAAAGUACGACGUGUAUUUUUAUUCAAAUUUUACGUGCAAUGGGAAUGAGUGCCUGCGUUUUUUAUUUUCCCAAGAAGAGAAAAAAACCAACUACUAGUAGAAACACGAAACAAAAUUUAAAGAAAAAAAACCAGAUUGAUAAAAAGAAAAUGAAGAAAAAAGAAUUAUUAUAUUGUUCCCUAGGAAAAGACAUGUAAUAUUUGAAAUGAUUUAUUAUUUAUUAUAAAAUUUUAGUUUUUGAAAUAACAACUAAACGGUAUUUAAGGGAAUAAGAAUGUAAAGUAUGUUAUAUAAACCAAUUGACUUUUAAAUAUUUUUAAAGAAACAUAUAUAUAUAUACAUAAAGUAUAAAAUGAAAAAAAAAUACUGUAUAACUGAGAAAAAUAAUUAGGUGCAUAUGCGUGUAUGUAUCCGAAACUGUGAAACUGAGAAUAAUAAUUACUUUUGAAUGUAUAGAUAUUGUUACUUUGCAAGUAGAAAAACUAUUAAAAAGAAAAUACUAACGUUAGUGUUAUUAAGAUGCAUAAAAGAAAAUAUUUACAUACACAUAUGCGCACAUCAUAUUCUUAUAAAACUUAAAUCUAAGUAACGAAAAAAAAAAUAUCAAGUGAUCAAAAAGUUAGUUACUGGCAAAUAUAGCAAUUGAUAUUAAAUUAUAAUCACGUGCCUAAGUUUGCUGAUUAUAAUUUAGAUUUGUAUUUUAUUUAAGUUUUUUGGUAUUGAUAGGAUUUUUUAUGAGAAAAAAAGAAACAACCCCCGCAUUUCGGAGUUUUAUUCGGUAAGGGAGAAUACGUGCAAAAAUUAGAGUAUUGUCAGUAGCAUUCAUUUACAUGUUUGCAUAAAUGUAUCUCAUCCUCAAAUUGGCUCAAUUGUUAGGUCUUGAAAUUUACUCUCAAUUUAUUAUUAGUUAGAAAAACAACUCUCCGAAAGAUAAUCACUUGUUUAUUUCACUUCAUAACAGACUUUUCUUCAAAUAUGGUUCCCCCUUCAGCUUCAUUCUAAUUAAACAAAUUUUCCUCACUCCUUCCAACAUAAAAUGAAAAGGCUAGUGACUAACUUACUUGACAUUAAAUGGAAAUCUCUCCUUUCCUAUUGCAUUAUUUAUUUAAGGACAUGAAUUCAUUUCGAUAAUUUAUUAAACCAAAAUUUAUUGCGUCCUUGGGUCCAUUUUAAAUAUAGUUUUUAUAAUUCGGUGAUAAUUUCCAUUAUUUAGCAAAAUUAGCAUCAACUGAAUAGAAAGUAGGGAAUCCAUCAUUUCAUUAACGUCGUAAGCAAUUCGAAACAUAUUUAAAACCAAACAAAAAUUGUGAACCCAUUAGCAAUGCGAAUGAAUGUAAUAUUAAUUAUUAGUUUAAGUAAUCUAUUUUGUGAAAGUAACUGAAACUAUGGAAUGAAAAACAAGAAAGAAACUCACAGUAGAAAAUUCAAAUUAUAAAAAAAAUGAAUAUUUUACUAUAAAACAAAAGAAAAACACAGAAAAAACAAAAAUCGAACCAUACAUACAUUAAAAACAUACACCUAGAUUCCUUCAAACAAAAGAAAAUUAAUAAAUAAAAAUAUUUUUGAAUACAUCAACAAAAUAAGUAAAAAAAAACAUUGAAUGAAAUCUUUGAAGAAUUUUUCAAACUUGCGGCGUUAUAAUUCUAAAUCCAAUUUAAAUGAAAGAAAUAAAUGAGUGCAUCAUAACUUUCCAAUGAGAUACUAAUAUCCUUAAUCUCCAUUCUUAAAUAAAAAAGAUAAAAGAAUCCGAUUUUAGCUAUUCUAUCUCCUCCUUCACUUUCUAUGACAUAUGACUAGAGAUUUAAUAUGAAUUUCGAUGGCAAUACAAUCUCGGUUUCAUAAUUAAGCCGUUUUAUCGCUGUAUAGGUGAGUGAUUUUCUUUUAUUACUAUUUUAUAUGAAAUUUAAAUCAACUGCUACAUUUUUGUACUAAUAAAGGUAAUCUCAGAAAAUGACAAAACAAUGGUUUUAUAAUUGUCAUAAAAUGUUACUUUGUAGUUCUCAUGAAGCGAUAAUUUGUGUGUCUUGAAAUUAGAUGAGCAAGGAAUCAUGAAGAGGAUCCCUAAAUAUAAGCCUCAUCCAUUUUAAUUAUUUUUUUUAGAUCCUGCAACAUUUUUUAAUUUACAGUUUUCAUUUUUCGGAUAAAUCAUCAAUGGUUUUAUAUAACUUAAACCAUAUUUAUUAAAUUCGGAAACAGAACUCUUUUUUAGUUAAAACCCUUUUUGUUUAUAUGAUUUACUGUUAUUUUAUCACAAGAAAUAACAAAUCCAUAAAAAUCACUUUUAACUCUCCCUGUGCAGCAAGCAGCUUUCAAGAAACCACUUUUUACUACAAACUCCUGAUUAUCAUUCUUCUAUUCAGCAUUCAAAUAACGUCUACAGCAAAUCUCAAUGUUUGAGGUUCAAUUUAAACAAUUAUUUAAAUUUUGCCCAAAUCGAAAUCAGAGGUAACUUAAAAUGAAGAAGAAAGUAUUAUAUUAUAUAAAAAAAACAACUCCAAAUAAUUCGAUUUUAAACUGCCACUAAAAACAAUAUAAGAUAGUUGAAUCUUUUUUUAUUUUAGAAAAUUUAUAAAAUGAAAUAUAUAAAAUAAGCGGUUUGUAACCCAUUAGCGAGAAGGAACACAACUAGAAAGUUAACAUUUAUUAUAUGGAACAAACUUAAAAGACAAAAAAAAUUAUGAAAAAUUUGAAAAUGAAUUUAUAAAUUGCAAAAAUUACCGAAAAAAAAAAUAUUACAGUAGCGUCGUUUGUGAAAUAUGAAUACUAUAUGAAAUGAAAUGGAAGAAACAUGUUAAAUUCAAUGAAGAAAAAAAAAAGAACCAAUAAAAAGAAUUGUUAUGAAAAUGUAGUUUCAACAAAAUCUGGUGUAAAUAAGAAGAAAAAAAAAUUAAUGUUAGGUGAUGAAAGCAUAUAAAAUUGAAAUUAUCGCAAAAAUACGUGGCAAAAAGUAUUAAUUUAAUUUAACGCACCAUUUAUUUUCAUUUUUUGUAUAUUUUUAAAAUACCUUAUCAUAUUUUUAAAAACAAAAAACAUCAAUUACAGAGCUCGGUGAGAAAGAAAACAUAUGCGACAUAUAUGAAAACGCGAUAAAUUAUUAAGUAGCGAACAAUAUAUUUCCAAUAUUGAUAGAGUUAUGUAUAAAAGAAAAAAACAUUAAGAACUUUUGUUAUACGAGAAAGAAACAAAAAAAAACAAAACAACUAUAUAUUAGCAUAUAAAUGGCACUUAUUUAUUGUUUGAGUUUCCACUGAUUGUUGUAAUUUCGAAAAACAAAAAAUAAAAAUAAUGAAAAAUAGGCGAAAUAAACAUUUUAUUAAAGUUU